UUCAGGGAGAAGAAGAGCACCAUGGUCUGAUUGGACCCGAGCCGAGGGCGAGGCGCUGCACCCACCGGACUCUUUUCUCUCUCUCUUUUUUUAUACAUUCAUGGUUUCUCUGUUUUGUACCUUGGACAAUGUUUGGAGGUGACCUGCACCGGACCGGACUCGGGAGGUUCAUGAACCGGCGGGCCGCUGCUAACUGCCGCUACCAGCCCACCGUCUACGAACACGCCGCAAACUGCUACACCCACGCCCUGCUGAUCCUGCCGGCCUUCGUGGGGAUGACGCUGCUGCACCUGCUGUCCCACAGCAGCUGGCAGAGGAUCACGGCCUGGGUCUACGGCUCCGGCCUCUGCGCCCUCUUCCUCGUCUCCACCGUGUUCCACAUCAUCACCUGGAAGAAGAGCCACAUGAGGUCGGUGGAGCAGUGUUUCCACAUGUGUGACCGAGUCGUCAUCUACGUGUUCAUCGCUGCCUCGUACACGCCCUGGCUGAACCUGCGGGAGCUCGGUCCUCUGGCGGCCCACAUGCGCUGGUUCGUGUGGCUCAUGGCUGCAGCCGGGACCAUCUACGUCUUCAACUAUCACGAGAAGUACAAAGUGGUGGAGCUGGCCUUUUACCUGAUGAUGGGAUUCUUUCCUGCGUCAGUCGUGACGUCGAUGAGCAACACGGAGGGUCUGCAGGAACUGGCGUGCGGCGGACUCAUCUACUGCUUCGGCGUGUUCUUCUUCAAGAGCGACGGCGUCAUCCCGUUCGCCCACGCCAUCUGGCACGUGUUCGUGGCGCUGGCGGCGGCCGUGCACUACUACGCCAUCUGGAAAUACCUCUACAAGGCCCCGAGCGGCGACGCCCUGCUGCGCUCGUGACCCCGCCGCGACCCCAGGACCGCCCGCCCGAGCUGCAACACCAGGCGUGACGUUUACCAAAACAAUGACCGUGAAAUGUUUACCGCUUUCUAACCAGGGGGAGAGUUUCAUCAGGGGCUCCCUGGGAAAUGUUCCAUAUUUUAUUAACAAAAAAAAAGAAGAAAUGAUAAAAAACCAACCGCGUUGGCAGGGAGUGAGGAAGUUCUUCAACGGUUUCAAUUUGAUAGCGGCGUUUUGUACCUCCUUUAAUAAAGUCACAUUCCACAUUUUGGGGUUAAAACCCCCCGGGGAAGUCGAUGUUUUUUCGCGAGGUGCUAAGACAACGACCUCAAGUGCUGCCGCAACACGAGCACCGCCGACCUGAACAAACUCCACACGGAAACAAAAACAAACUAAAGAUUAAGCUCGAGAGCAAACCGAUCAGAGAACAAGCAAAGCAAAGGUUUUAAUCCAAGUCUGGAUGUUUUUAAGUGUUGGGGAUUCUCUUGUGUGAAAUAACUCAAAUAUUCAUCGUGGAGCUUUUAUUUUCUUGUAUUCAUCGUGAUAUUUCAUCCCAUCUGUUCCAGUUGUGCACUUUAUUCUGGAGAUGCAGUGGUGGGUUUGUUUCUGGGCGGCGGCGCCCCCUGGUGGCGGAGCUUGGUUUAAGGGCUGCGUGGCGACAGAGAGAGAGUGUAAAUGUGUGUAAACGUUUGUAAUGUCCAGUGUUUCAUCUCCACUCAGAUCUGAUUUCAUCAUUAGGGCCGAACGACGUCCUUUAUCAUGUUGAUUCUUUUUUUUUUAAGUUCUUUUAAUGGUCCUUUUUUUCUUUUCUCCGUUUCUGUCAGAAGUUGAAUGCACAUGGAUUUUUUUUGUUUUUUUUUGUAAUAAUCAUGGCUCUCCUGGUGAUGUUGAAACCACUUGUGUUUUGUAUAUUUGUAUAUUUUGUUCUUUGCUCUUCUGUUGAUUUCAUGAUCCUGGCCUUUUGCAGGGAAACUCUUGCUUCUUGUCUGUUCCACUGGCUUUUUAAUGGUGCUGCAUAAAACCUGAAUGUUCUUCCAAGAUACUGAAUAUCACCUUUGUAAUGUGACAGUAAAGACGAUGACGCCCUGGAA